CCAAAAUUCAAAAUAAAUCACUUGUGUAAUACUCCGACUUCAGUUUCCUUUCAUUUUCACCCACCGUUUUCAGUUGCCACUAUCAGCAAACUUUGGGAGUGGGUGCGCGCGAAACCCUCUAUCAACAAUAGACCGCCGUCGUUUAUAUUUUCAGGUUUAAAAAUGCUGCCACCUCGUUUGAAGAAGACCGUCAUGGAUAAUCCAAAGAAGCUUGCUAACUUGAUUGACCUAGUAAAUCUCCCAUCAACUCUCCAAGAGUUUGUUGGUCAAUCUCAGAUUUCCCGUUUGGGGUGCUUCAUGCGAGUUUGGUCCUACAUCAAAACAAAUAAUCUCCAGGAUCCACAAAACAAAAAUCUUGUCAAUUGUGAUGAAAAGUUGAAGAGUAUUUUGCUUGGACAAUCAAAGGUUGAUCUAGCUGAGCUUCCUUCCUUGAUCAAAUUGCAUUUUCCCAAGGAGCCGAAGUGAUGUGCACUCUGAAGUCAAGGAUCAGGACGAAUAAGAUGGUGCAGCUGCUUCCAUAUCUGUUGGUUAAUGAUUCGAUGUCGAAGUUAUCGAUGACAUUUAUCUGAAUAUCUAUAGCAUAAUUGUUAACGAAAGUGCAGCAUAUCGAUUAUUUGUAUUACGAGUAAAGAAGGUUGAACCCUUCCUCGAGAAACUGUCCUCCUUUUGGUUAGGAAAAUCUUAGAAUAACUAUACUUUAUACUUCAUAUAAUGUAAUUCAAGUAGCAGAUGUUUGUUUGAUCGGCUGAAAUAGUUCGAUCAUUGAACGUGUUAGUUUCUUUCCUUUUCGUUACAAAGACGUGUGCACUGCCAUCAGAAUUUGUGUGUCCUUUUAGGCCCUUUUGCCUAUGUAAUUUAUGACAUGAUUGUAAGGAUUUGUCAAUUUGAAUAUGGCAAGUGGAGUAUAAUUUCAAAUUUAGAACACUUCA